AUGGAACUAGAAGAAGCAUUUAUAGUGGCAAAAUCGAAAAUCGUUAAAUUGUUAAAGAAAAAUCGUGGCUCGAUAUCUAUGGAACCUAGUUUCAUGAAUGCUUCUAUGACUAGUGGUUCUAGUUCUCGGUUGCCCUCGUUGAAGUUGCCCAAAUUCGAUGGAAAAUACAGUGAAUUUCAAAAUUUCAUAUCUGCAUUUAACAACAUAGUGAAUUAUAACCCAACAAUAAGUUUGAUCGAAAAAUUCAACUACUUACUGAACUGUCUCUCGGGUCCUGCGUUAGACGUAGUCGAACCAUUUCAAGUAUGUGAAGAAAACUAUGAAAAGGCAUUAACUAGACUGCAAGAUCGCAACGAUAACAAAGUGCUAAUUUUCUUAGAACAUAUCGAUUCAUUGUUCAAUGUGGCAAGAAUGCAAAAAGGUGAUAGUGUUUCGUUGCGUCAUCUCAUUGAUACUGUUUCUGCAGUGCGUGGCUCAUUAUUGUCGCUCGGCUCCGAAACAGAUGUUAUAAAUGCAAUUUUAUUGCAUAUGGUGUUAUUGAAAGUGGAUAGUGACACAAAAGAGAACUAUGAUGAGAAACAAGAUUUAAAAUCGUUGCCCUCAUGGGAUAUGUGCUACGAACUUUUAAGUCGUCGUCGCCAGUUUCUCGAAAGUCAUCGAAAAAGAACUGAAGUCUCAGAAAAAGUUGUUCCACAUAAACCCAAACCAAAUCCUAGAUUCAAUCGGUCGGCUCAAACGUUUGUCAAAUCAAAUUCGAAGUGUUCAUAUUGUAACUAA